AUGGAUUUUAGAAGAAUCCACUCCCGCUGGGAGUACCUUUUCCGCCAGCGUGAAGCUCAACCAGAGAAACCAAGCCUCGCCCAACUCUACACCUUCCCCCUCAAUUUCCAGUUCGCGAUCGAGGACGGCCUCUUCAGACAAGACCUUGCCGACCAGCAAACGGUUCCGCAGCAAGCGAACCCGCCGUCCAAGCCGACCGAAUCCGCCGUCGAGACCGACGACGUCGACUCUGACUACGACUUUCUCGUCGACGACUUUGAAGCCGAAGCCAAGAUGGUGCAGCUCGUCGAGGUUGAGGACGAGCACUUCCAGCACGCCCAGGAGGGCCCUGUUGAGGACGAUGGCGACUUCACAGAUACUGACUCGGAAAUCUCGAACGACUCCGACUACGACCCCUCGCAAGAGACCCUGGCAGAGCGCAUCUCGGCCCUGCGCGACAUCGUCCCGCCGACCACGCGCGCCUGGUUCUGGAACAAGUACCAGGCCACCCACCGCGUCGUCAAGGGCGUCAUCUUCUUCGCCGGCCGCUCCAUGUGGUCCAUCUCCGUCUCCGCCCUGCUGAUCGGCGUCCCCUUUGCCCUGUGCUGGGCCGAGGAGCAGCAGGUCAUCGCCAUGGAGCAGGAGGCCCGCAUGCGCGAGAUGGGCGCCGACGUCCUGACCGCUGGCGGUGGUGCCGGCGGCGAGGGCAGCACCGCCGACCUCGUCGGCCAGCACCUGGGCAAGGAGGGCGGUGUCGAGGUCAAGGCUGCCGGCCUCUGAGCGGCUUGACUGGUUGGUCUUUCUUUGUUCACUCCAUCAUGGGGGGAUACGACAGACGGAAAGCGAGGCCUGCUGUGGUGAAGCCCUCGGGGAGGCAAGGUUUGCAUCAUCGCACUGUACAAAAAAGGACAUCUUCGGCAAGGGCACGGGCAACGAACGGAUGGAUUGGUUCUACUCGCCCACCACUUGCACAACGACUUUGCAUCUGAGAGCACGCUUUCAUGAAUCGGCGGUAAUGACGGCAGCGGAAGCACAAGGAGUCUCUCAUGGCUGGCGGACGAUCACGAGAUGUCGUGGCAGGUUUCUCCUCAACAAAUGCGUGUUUGUACAUUAGCCGAGAGCCUGCUCUGCAAUAGCAACCAGGCAAAGGUUCAAAACGGGGGGGCGGCUUUUAGAACUCUCAUCUCUCCCAAGACGGGGCUGCGAGAUGGUUUCUCGUGUUCCAUAGCCUUUCUUCUUCUCUAUUUCCUCCUGUCUUUGCAUGGACACGCCUCAGUCCGGUUUGGAGUACCGGCUGAAGGUAAAAUGACAAAUGGAAAUGGAAUCAUGAUG